AAAGGCGUAUUGGAUAUUUUCUAGUGGAGAUCAUGUGAUGUCGGCGAUCGGGUAUAUUGGUACCUUGGUUUGAUAUUUUUUUCUUAGCGUGUUUGAGACAUGCAUCGUGGUUUUAAUUUGUUUUCUGAAGGUGGCUAUUUACGUGACUUUCGUGACGCUCGAUUUAACCAGGACAGUUCAUGUCUUGCUGUGACUUGUUCUUACGGUUUUCGUGUAUACAAUUGCAAUCCAUUUUCUCUUGCUACUGAACGCGACUUAACAGGUUAUGGUUAUGGCUCCGUGGGUUUGGUUGAGAUGCUAUAUCGCUGCAACAUUGUUGCUAUAGUUGUUGAGGAUCUACCUGAUAUAUCGCCUGGUGAUUCAUUGAAUGCUGAUACCAGUCCAUGUUUUGGUCGCAACCGUUUAAUUCUUUGGGAUGACAAGUCUGGUUCUGAGGUAGCUCGUUUGGGGUUUGAAUCUCGUAUUAUCAAUGUGAAGUUACUGCGUCACUUGCUGGUCAUUGUUUUGAAGGACAAGGUCCAUAUAUACCAGGUCAAUACACUCCGUCUUUUGGACACCUUUUCCACGUUUUCUAAUGCCAAGGGUAUAUGUUCAGUUUCUGGCAAUGAUACUUUAAGUGUUAUUGCAUUUCCGGGUAUUUUACCCGGUAGUGUCGUCGUUCGUGUGUACAACUUGGAUUUGAUCAGUGAUACCAUGGUGAGUGAGGACAGUGUGUUCAUUCGUGCUCACAAGUCGGAGAUUACUACUGUCGGGCUGAGCUCUGACGGUCUUUUAUUGGUUACAUCUUCUACUGGUGGUCGUUUAAUACGUUUAUGGAGUUCAUUUUCUGGUAUGAAGCUUCAGGAGUUCCGCAAGGCAGGUGGCGGUGGUAUAUUGCGUAUUUGUCACUUGAGUCCUGACUGUCGCUUUUUGUGUACUAUCAGUAUAACUAAUGUCGUAUCGGUAUACCACAUAAAGUUACGUGAGAACGGUAAGCGUUUUUGCGUUGACUGCUUUGGUGCCAAUGGCGCUGAUACUGACAAAAGUUCUAGUGGCUGUUUACCGUAUAUAUUCUUUCGUCGUACUCGUCAUUAUUUAGAGGCCCCUACAGCUUACACCAGGUUUAGGUCGUCAGUGUCUGUUGUGACAUCUACGUUUUUGCCUAAUACCAAUAACCUUUUACUUGUUCUUGCUAAUGGUCGUGUUCAUCGCUUGAGUGUCUCUGGAUACUUCAAAUUUCUUGCGAACCAUUGCCUUUAGUACUUGGGUUAAUAUAAAUAGCUAUAUGUUACGAAUCUAA